AUGGACUCCUCACAAGACCCGCACCCUCACCCUCACUCACCAGGCCUAUCGCCUCACCUCCACAAUGUCCUAACCGACCUCCACCGACGUCCCUAUCCACACGUCCCCAACCCACCCCUAUGCAAGAAACGCGCCUCCGUCGCCUUAAUCCUCCGCGUCCGCCCGACAUACGACCACUGGCCCAGCCCAACAGAUAUCGACAUCGGUGAUCCAGAAUUAUCCGUCGAAGACCGACUGGAUGACUUCUUCGCCCAGCCAUGGGUGAAAUAUGGGGAUCCGGAGGUACUUUUCAUCAAGCGCGCUUCACGUCCCGGGGAUCGCUGGACUGGACAUGUCGCAUUGCCGGGCGGAAAGCGUGACCCUGAGGAUGAGGAUGAUAAGGCUGCUGCUAUUCGGGAAGCGUCUGAGGAAAUUGGCUUGGAUUUGACUACGGAUGAUUGUAUUUGUGUGGGGAAUUUGCCUGAGCGGGUGGUUACUACCAGUUGGGGAUCCGUGCCGCUGAUGGUUCUUUGUCCUUUCGUCUUUAUCACGACGCGGUGUGAUUCCCCGAUGCUGCGACUACAACCGACGGAGGUAGCUUCGACACAUUGGAUCCCGUUGCGCGCACUACUCUCCUCGUCCCUUCGCACGGUAGAACAUGUGGACAUGUCCCAGCGAUUCGCGAGACAGGGUGGAUUCCUGACCAGAUUGGCUGUCCGGUCUAUGCUAGGCUGGAUGCAGUUCUCAGCCGUUCGAUUACUUCCCGCCGAAACGGUGCAGUGUACUUCGAUCCCGGGAUUCGUGCCAGACGAGCAGAGUGACAAGGGAUCGUCAUCGUCGCUAAUUCAGCGCUUCAAAUCAUGGCUGAUUCGGGGGGAUCUCAACCGUCCCCUUUUACUCUGGGGUCUUACGCUUGGGAUCUUAGCGGAUUUCUUGGAUAUGUUGCCUCCGCAUACUACUGUUCAACAAUGGAAAUAUCCGACAUUUACGGCGCCGGAUUUGCGGUUCAUUGUUAGUAUUUUGACUUACAAUCUGCGGAAACGGAAUGCGCGCAUGGUUAAGUCGGGUGCUCGGUCUACGAGUGACACGGCGUUGGACGCUGAGACUGCUGCUUUGUCGGUUACCCCGGGGUCGAAUACAUCGAAGCAUGAUGAUAAUGAGGUUGGAAUUGGCGGUCUUGGAGUGGGUCGAUACUAUGGCCCAUCUGAUCGUGCUUCGGAUGGAACCUCGUAUGCUGUUGGGAUUAUGCUGCGUGGAUAUUAUCAGCGGCUGCGAGUUGCCAUCUAUGUAUUCAUUGCCUGGCGCAUGGCGUUGGGAUCGGCGGCAGCCAUUGCAGGGUGGCGAUUGAUUCGUCGAAGACUUCGAUAA